AUGCAGCGGCGCCUGCAGGAACAGCAGGAGGAUGUGAAAGGCCAUGAAGAGCUGAUUCUCAUGCAGCGGCGAGAGAUCGAGGCCCUGCUAGCGAAGAGGAGUCGAGAAGAAACAGAGGCGGAUGAGCUCCACCGUCAAGCGCGGGAGCUCACGACAGAGUUGCGCAGCUGCCGCCGAAGUUGCGGCAGCCUGGAGAGCGAGAUCGCCUCAGAGGAGGCCCGCGCUGCAGCACUGCGGGAGGCCUUCGAAGGCCGCCGGGCGCGCUUCGCCACGGCGGAGACGGCGGCGCGCAACGCGGAGCUCAGCACCAUGCGCGCCACCCGGCGCCGCAUCGCUGCGGAGAUCAUGGCGCGCCGGGAGACGGAGGCGGUGCAAGAGGCCCAAGGCUUGCGGCAAGAGUACCGCGCACGCGCGGAGGCGCACUGCGAGGUGAUCACUUCGGAGAUCGCGGAAGUUCGCACGAACGACCUUUUCAAGGGCCACAACUCUGUGAACCAGGCCGAAGCUACCUCGGCUUCGGAGGAAGCGGAGGCGGAAGCCGCGAGUCGCGAGAUGUCUGAACUGCAGGCGGCCAUUUUUACGCUGGAGCAGCAGACAGCGGUGAGGGAGAGCGAGCUGCACGCCAUGCAGCGGAGAAAGCUGCGAGGGUCGAGCAAGAGACGCGAUGGUUCGGGCUCCCGGACUCCAACUACAGCAACUCAGGACCGAAGGAUUCCGAGCAAGCCGCCCUGCAGGCGACUGAGCUGCGCGUGGCGGAAGGCCGCCAAAGAGAGCAGGUCCUGCGCCAGCAGCUCCAGCGCAUGGGCCAGCCACGGGGGCAGGAGAGGUUCAGGAGGCCUCGAGUGCGUGGGCCCGUGCGCGGGAGUUAGCCCUCGAGGUGGGCGAGGCCCAGGCAGCCUGGGCGCGAAGACAAGCAGAGCAAGGGGGCAACGUCGUCGGCAAACUGAAGGCGAGACUCCAGGAGGCAACGGAGCAAGAGGCCACGAACCUUGA